UGAACCUGGUUCCCGUCGGAUUUCGAUGACGGUUACACGGAUGUGUAUCUGGUGUGAGAACGUGCGUUUCAGGAGAAUGUAGCUUCAGACUAAAUCGGAGAGAAAAAACUUUGCAGCAUCGAACGACAAUAAUACAUUAAAUUAGUUGUCUUUUUUCUGUCAGUUUAAAAAAACAGAACCGACACGAGGAAAUAAUAAAAAUACAUUAUGAAGAAAAAGAAACAGCAGCUCAGUGGACAGGUGUCCUCAGAUGAGCCACCGGCUGACUAUGUUGUUGGACAAGUGUCAGGGAGUUUGUUUCAGAAUUCUUCUUCUGGAUCACUGGCUGCUCUUUUCACCUCUGCUUCUCCGGCUUCAACUCUGCUGUUUCAGCCUGCUCCCAAGCCUGUCCAAUGCAGCGUAGAGAAGAAGGAGCAGGGAGACGGAACUCCAAACGUCAAAGAUCAACCAGGUCAGACGAAGAAGAAAAAGACGCAGCCAAAAGAGAAGUCGGCGGCUGAGAAGAAGCUGGAGAAAAGAGAGGGCGGUCUUCAGGAGGCAGACGAAGAAGAGAAUGAACAGGAGACGGCCAUAAAGAAGAAGAAGAAGAAAAGAACGGCGUCUGAAUCAGACAUAAAGAGUGCUGCAGAGUACUGGGUGGAGAAGAGACAGAGGCUGAAGGCCACCAAAAAGGAGGAGGAGGAGAAGAAGAAGAGGACGGUGUUUGUGGGAAACCUGCCUGUCAGUUGCACCAAGAAGAUGCUGUGGAUGUUCUUCAAAGAUAAAGGAUCCAUUGAGUCCAUCCGCUUUCGCUCUGUGGUCAGAGAGGAUCCGUCUGUAACACGUAAAGUCGCCGCUAUCAAACGUCAGAUUCAUCCAAAGAAACAAAGCCUCAACGCCUACAUGGUUUUCAAAGAUGAGGAAGGAGUGACCGGAGCUUUGGAAAGGAACGGCGUGGAGAUCCAGAAAGAUUUUUACAUCAGAGUCGACCGAGUGACUGACAGUUCAUCACACGACCACAAACGCUCCGUCUUCGUGGGGAACUUGUCUUUCGAGAUAAACGAGCUGGUGUUUCGGCGACAUUUUGAGGAGUGCGGGUCAGUGGAGGCAGUGAGACUGAUUCGAGACCCCAAUUCUGGGCUGGGGAAGGGAUUUGGCUACAUCCUGUUCGAGAGUGCUGACUCUGUUCAGCUGGCGUUGGAAUUGGACGGUUCAAAGCUGGAAGGUCGGUCAAUCCGUGUGAAGAGGUCGAUGAAGACAGACAAGCAGAAGAAAACAGAAAAUAGCAAGGGAACCACAAGAACGCCUGGCAGAUCUCCAGCCAAACACACUGGUCUUAAGACAGCAGGAGGGCGGGGCACCGGGCCUGGACGCGGUUCCUUCAGUGGAGGCCGACAGAGACCUGCCAAAAAAGAAUCAAGCUCCUUUAGAGGAGAAACAGCUGAUCCAAGGAAGAAGAUGGAUAAAAAGAAAGGACUGAAGAAGAAGAAACCACGUCACGUCAGACGAGUCAAAGCUGACUCCUAAC